AGUGCAGGAUAUCAGGAUAUGCUUAAUAUGCUCAAUUCCCGGUGCUUUGGGUGAUCGUGACCUGACCGGCUAUAAGCUCUUUCAAGGAGUUUACCGCUCAGACUGCAAGCUUAAUUCCGUAUAGCUGUGUUGUGUUCAAAGACAAAGAGCCGAGAUGAAGUUUUACACGAGGGCUGCUCUCAUCCUGGCCUUCAUUGGUUACGCAACCAGUCUGAAGUGUUACACGUGCACAGAUGGGGCAGUAGGUCAUUCCACUAACACGCCCGGGUGCCGGGAUCCUUUCGACACUCCGCCCACUCAUCCCUUCAUCCUCAUGAUGGACUGUGCCAACCUUUCCCGGAUCGCACCGGAGGCCACUGCCAGAGCUGGGAUCAGCCAGUAUAACACAUGCAUGAAAGCGAUUGGCCCCGAUUCGAUCAGCAGGACGUGUUUUGACGACAGUAAGUGCCCGGCAACACACGGAUGCUUCUCGGACGCCGGGAGUGGGGGUACCGUCUGCUGCUGUGACACGGAUUAUUGUAACGCUGGGGCCGCCUUGGCCUUCAAUCUGGCCGUUAUUUCGGCAGUUGCCUUUGGGGCUUUUUUCCUCAAUGCUUAAUUAAAUCGUAUGUUGACAAUCACUUGGGGAUUUGUCCACAAUGUAUGUCAUCAUCAAACAACAUCCUAAUUGUUUUCUCUCGAAAUGUCAUCGAUAAGCAGAAAUGUAUUCAAACACAGAGGCCUUUGUUUCAAUUCAUUUGAAUUGUUGCACUACUUGACUUCAAGACGUCAUCAUCUUGAUGACGUCUGUGCGCGUGCAGCGCACGGGCGUUGCUCAGGGACAUGACUAUAUAUAUAUAUAUAUUGUGACAUGACUAUAUAUUUUGUUGCCAACUAAGAAACCGAGGCCUCGUGACGAAAAUUUGCUCGUCACUUUUCUAGUGUCCUCGUCAGACCCUCUUCAUCAUAAUGCCAAUAAGCCUCUGUACUGAUGACGUCACACUGUGUUUACAUGUGCACUUUCCUAUGGAGCCAGUGGGGGCCCACGGU